CUCCCAAAGUGAAGCCCACCCCUCAUCAAAGUAAGCCUGGCCGCCCCUCACUGCUCUUCACACCAUUGAUGACACUUUUCCUGCUGUUGGCAAUUGUAUUCUUGGCUGCUUUUAUCUUUUAUUUUCAAAAAUACUCUCAACUUUUUGAAGAAAAAAAAGCUAUAAGAGAUCUAACUCACAAAGAAUUGAAUUGCACAAAAGACAAUCCACCAAUUGACGACAAAGUCUGGAGCUGUUGCCCAAAGGAUUGGAAGCCAUUUAGUUCCCACUGCUACUUCACUGCGACUGGCUCAGCAUCUUGGAGAGAGAGUGAGGAGAAGUGCUCCAGCAUGGGUGCUCAUCUGAUGGUGAUCCACAGCCAGGAAGAGCAGGAUUUCAUCACCAAGAUCCUGAAACAUAAUGCUGCUUAUUUUAUUGGGCUUUCAGAUGCAGGUCACCGACAGUGGCGCUGGGUUGAUCAGACACCAUACAAUGAAAGUGCCACGUUCUGGCACCCAGGUGAGCCCAGCAGUGACAACGAACAAUGUGUUAUAAUAAAUCAUCUAUCUUCUGGUUGGGGCUGGAAUGACAUCAUUUGCAGUGUUAAACAGAUGUCAGUUUGUCAGAUGAAGAAAAUAUACUUAUGAAUCAAUAAUUCUUCAUGGACAUGGGAUUGCAUUUUUAUCAACCAUUACACAGAUACUUGGAAAGAUCUUCUUGUAGAAUAGAUGUCCUUAGAAAUUUAGGUAGGCAGCCAAAAGUUUUACAUAUGAUAA